AUGAAGAGCGAGCUUCUAGACCAUAUUGGAGUCCAAACUUUGAAACAGCAGCUAUCAUCAACAUCUAACUACAUGAGAGUCACAAGGUGCCUUUGUUUUGUGACCAUGUUAUUAUCAUAUUUUGUAGUCUAUGAGAUCUUUUCAGCGGCGACAAUUGGCGUUAAAUACCUAAUACCUCAAACUAGAUUUUCCUAUAAGAGAUACUUUGCAGCAGGGUUCUGGACCCUUUGCAUUUAUAUCCUCGAGCUGAAUAACAUUCAGGUUGAGAUCACUGGAGAUGAGCUAGAAACCGAGAAUGCACUUUUCAUCAGCAACCACGCAUCCCUGAUUGAUUAUAUCAUCUACCCUUAUCUAGUUCUCAAGUCUACUCGAAAACCAUCUGAAUUGGAGGCGGCUCGAAAAAACGAAAAGAAAGGGGAGCCCGAGAAAAUAUUCGCCCAAGAUCUCUCUUCGAUCCUGCUUCCUCGAAUCAGCUUCUUUACGUGGUAUGCCAUUUGGUUUAUUCCGAGUUUUAGGGUAUUUAGAAAUGUGUUCCAGGCAGAUGAGAAUUGGGAACUCAAUGACGAAACGUUGGGAUUUGUAUUCAGGGACCUGCUUGAUUCAGAGGUGGUAGAUUGGCUCGUUACAUUCCCUGAGGUCAACAUUUUCACCAAGAAGGACGCCAAACUGCAACAAGGCUUGUCCGAAAAAUUCUAUCUGCCGGUCUUGAAUAAUCUGCUAUAUCCUAGAUACUCAAGCUUUGCGAACGCCAAAAACACCGCAGGGGAAUAUAUCGUUUGA